AGAAGCAUACACAUGAAAUGAAAUUUCGACACUCAGAUGUAGAAGUAGACUUGCGCCCAUGCUGAACGAGUUCUUUUUCUGUCUGCCACGAUGGCGACGAGACUGCUUCUGCUUCUCUUUCUAACAGGACCUGUGAUUGCCAAAGAACCACCGGAUGUGGACUGUUUGGUGGUGAAUCUGCAAUAUGUUCACUGUUCCUGGCAUAAGCAGGGAACUCCAGAGGUCAAUUACACCUUCUACAGCCGUUUCAGUAAUGUCAAUGAAGUCAGUGAGUGCGAGACCUAUGUGUUGGAGAACAGCACAAACAUUGGAUGUAACCAGCCAUAUGGCGACCGGCUCAACAGAUUCUACAGAUUUUACUCCGAAUUGGUACAUGGCGAAAAGAGAUCUCUACAAGAGCAUGAACUAAAAACAAAAGUCAAGUUGAAUCCACCAACCAACCUGACUAUCAAGAAUGAAUCCGACUCUAACCUGUGGGUCUAUUGGAACCAGACGGCUACAAAUUGUGUUGAGAGUGAGAUUCGCAUCAGGACUAACAACAAGAAGUGGGAGAUGUCUAAAAUCACUGUUGCGAAGCAGAAUUAUUGCAUCAACUUACCCUCCAGCAGUUCUCGAUAUGAGCUGCAAGUGCGGAGCAAAGUGGGGUACAAUUGUGGAGACUCUGAUUUCUGGAGUGACUGGAGUCAUCCUGUGGUCUGGGGAUCCAACAACAGCACAGACAUCAAUAAGAUGAAUGGUUCAAUGUCUGUGUGGACCCUAGUGCUGUGUGUGGUGGGUGCUAUCACCCUCAUCCUCAUGGUCAUGACACUGCUGCACCACGAAAGGCUCAGAAUCAUCCUCAUCCCCAUGGUUCCCAAACCGUCCCUGAUCCCUCAUGACAUUGAGGAUUGGUUUCAACUCUCCAAAGGCCUGAAAGAGAGUUUUAAGGCCAACUACAAUGAGCGUGCCUGUCCUGUUCGAGAGUACUGCCAUGUCUCCCAGUCCGACAGCGAGAGCUCUGGCAGCUCCACCUUCUCUUUCACCACUGACCAAACCGACUGCUCCAUCUUCAUCCCUGUAGACGAAUCAGACCUCUGCUCCUCUUCCACCUCAGCAGCUCUCGUCUCAUCUGAGGAGGCGGAGCAGGUUUCUGUUUAGGAGUCGUCUCAGUCAGGGCUAGCCUACCAAAAACACAUAUUCUGCAUGACUGCAGGGAUUAGAAAAUGGAAAAAUUAUGCUAUUCUGAAGCUGUUAUUGUUUUAGGACAAUUUAAAAUCUAUCUCAUCUAAAAUAUAUAUUAAAGACUUGUCAACCAUUUGAGUCACUCAUAGCCACUGUACCCCAAAGUUUUCAAUUCGUUCAAUUCAGCUGCACUGAGCUCUACAUUUUUUGCUGACUUACUAAUAAGAAAUUGACUUGUGAGUUCAUUUUUGCUUCUGCCAGGCAAUUGUUCAUUAUCUGUAACUUUGUAUUGAUAUAUGUGUCCAUUUUUCACAACCUAUUUAAGACAGUUUGUAAUGAAACACACCCACAUGCAUAAAUCACAAAAUGUCGAUCCAAAUAGACAAGUUAAUAGGCAUAUGUUAUCUAUACUACUUGUAUAAGUUAUUGGCUUUAUUAGUGGUUAAAAAUUAUUUACUAAUAGUUAGAAAAUAAUUGAUGGGUUAAAAAAAUAGCUUACUAAGGCUUUGUCUGCAACUUUAUGGUUGCCAAGUCUGAAAACUCCCUAUGGAUAUUCCAACAUGAUGCUUGUUUUGUCUUUUAUACUAUUUGGAAAAGGUUUUAACAACAUCAGUAUUUAUGUGGACGGGAUGACUGAUUAGAGAGUAACAAAAGGAAAGGGUGGUGAUGGCGCGGUGGAUAAGACAUGUCUUUAGUGUGAGAGACCUGGGUUCAAUUCCCACCAAUUUGUCCCUGUGCAAGACACUUAACCCCUAGUUGCUGGUUGAGAAACCGAUUAGUGUCUACUAAUUAAUGAUUAAAUGUAAUGUAAUUAUUACCAAAUAGAAAAGGAUAAACAUCAGUUAAAGGGAGUUUUCACAACCUGUUCUUAAGGUCAUCCAAUUGAUUUAUAAAGCAUUAGUCAAUAAUUAAGCCACUUGUUACUUAUCACAAACCCUGUAAUAAAAAGUGCCUCAUUAGAAUGUGACACCACAACAAUAUCCAGAUGACACAGUCUUUUUACAUUUUAAUGUAUUUCAAUGCACUUUUUAAACAUUUGGUUUGACGUUUUUGCUUUUUGUAACCUACUUGUAUUUUAGUGUUUGUGUCCUACAUCUAGCGUAUAACGUUACCAUAGAUUGUAUUAACCAACGGCUGUGUAGUAAUCCUUGCUGUAUUUUUCUGUUUUUGAUCAAUAAAUAUAUAAUAAUAUAAUAUGUUA